AAUAUUAUUGUGAAUGUCUGUCUUAGAUUCUCAGGGUAGGCAGUGUCUUUUUGUCUUUAUGGACUCGCCAGUGACCAGCGUUGCCAGAAUGUUACUUUUGUAACAUUUUACGUUACUUUUGGCCCUCCAAUGUUACUUCCAUGUUACACCACACUCAAUGUUACUUUUAUGUUACUUUUGAGAAUUUAUACAUUCACAAAUCUACUUAUACAUUCACUCGUGUGUAUUUAUUUCUCAAUCUUUCAUCCCGCGAUCCCGCUUACGUGUGCGAGCGUCGGAUGUUUGUUUGUGGAUGUGAGAGAGACGACCGGACGGCCGCUCUGCGCUCUCGACGCUCGCUCGCUCGGUCGGUUCGGCGCUUGAUUUUCUUCAAAUUUCGAAGUUUGUUUAUUUAUUAAGUAUUGUGUUGUUUUGUUUGUGACUUUUAUUAUAAGUAGUGAUUCGGUAAAUAGGUAAUUAUUAUGUUUAUUAUUGUUGUUUUAAUCAUAUAUAUUAUUUCAGUAGUGAAGAUCCCUUUUCCCGCGCAAAUAUUGCAUCAAUCUUAUUGUCAGAUUUAAUGUAAGUAAGAUUUAUUUAUUUUUUCUUCGCCGCUCCGCGUCACUCACUCACUGCUAUUGCCAUGCCAUUUAUGGGGUUGCCAGAUACCAAAAAAAAACACAAUUUGUACUAAAUUGUAGAAAUAUGAAUGUAAAACUUUUCUAAAUUUUAUUAUAGCAAUAUGUCGUUAACUCGUAAUUGUUAUUAAAAACAUAGUCGUUAUAACUUAAAAUAGGAUUAGUUUUAAUGGAACAUGAAACUUUUAAUUACGCUUAGGAGAUAUAAGUACUUACAAUUUUUCAGGGAUGCGUGUUUUUUUUUUACUUGUUUUUAAUGCACUAACUUUGUCUAUCUCUCUUUUUUACGUAUGGUGUGAUGAUAAAUGGAAUGAUGCAUGUUGUGCUGUUGCUUUUACUGUGUUAACAAAAUGAACAUGUAUCUAAAGAAGAUGAAGAGGUUUUUAAUUGCUAAACCCUCCACAUCAAAAACAAGAGAAAACACAGAAAAUGUAGAAGAGGUGACUCCUGAUGAGGCUUCUCCUGAUGAGGCACCGCCGCGAAAAAAAAACAAGCAAAUUUAUAAUUUUAACGAAAAAUGGCUUGAAGACACGGCUUUCAAAAAUUGGAUCUCGAAACGGGAGCAACAAGCUGGCUCAGUUUCUGCAUUUUGUAAAAUUUGUAAUUGUCACAUACUCAACCAUAGGCCUGCUCUCGUAAAACAUUUGAAUACCAUUAAACAUAAACAACAUGCUACCGCUAUCAGCAAAACAACAUCCAUACAAGAAGUGCUUAGACCAAAAAAGGAAGAAGAGCUCCAGAAAAGAGCUGAACUCAAACUAUGUGCUUUUCUCGCUGAGCAUAAUUUACCUUUAAUGUUGUCCGAUCAUUUAAUUCCGUUCCUAGCUACAACAUUUCCUGAUUCACCUAUAAUAAAAUCUGUUAAGUUAGGAAGAACGAAAGCAGGAAAUAUCGUCAAAACAGUACUUGCCCCAAUACUGACAGACGAACUUGUAUCAAAACUCAAAAGAACAACAUUCAGUAUAAUAAUGGACGAAACCACAGACAUAAGUGUCAAAAAACAAUGCGCACUUGCGGUUAUAUUUUUUGAUGGGGAUGAAUUAGUCGUUCACACUCAGUUUCUAGACAUGUAUGAAGUUACCUCGGGAAAAGGGAAAGAUCUAACGGAUGCUCUAUUAAAUUGGCUUGAUAAUAAAAAAAUCCCAAUAAAAAACUUCGUAGGCUUUGCGUCUGAUACCACAAACAGUAUGGUCGGAGAACACAAUUCAGUGUUUAGUCAUUUGAAGGAACGCGUACCACACAUUGCAUGUGUGAAGUGCAGCUGCCACAUGAUACAUCUUGUGGCUUCCAAGGCAUGUCUUAAGCUGCCAAGAUUCGUUGAAGACUUUCUUAGAAAUGUCGGUGCGCACUUUAACCGCAGCACACUCCGACACGAAAAACUAAAAGAGUUGCAGUUAUUUUUCAAUGUGGAAGUCCAUAAAAUAUUGAGCCCAUCGGUCACAAGAUGGUUAUCAUUAGAGGCUUGUGUAAACAGGGUACUCGAACAGUACGAUGUUCUGUCCGCAUAUUUUAGACUUGAAUUGUUAGAAGACCCUAGCAAAAUCACGGAAGAUAUAAUUGGGGUACUCGACAAUAAAUUAACAAAAAUUUACUUAGAGUUCAUGUCGUUUACAUUGGAACAAUUUGUAGGAGGUUUUGGAAAAAAGCACUGAUAUUAGUACUUAAGUUACUGUAUUGAAAAAUAAUAAUUGUACAAGAAGUUAAUUACAAAACAUCUUAGUGGUUAGUCAUUACACACGAGAAGCAGAAGUGGCGCCGUGAAGCGGCAAGAAUUGGAACUACUCCGAUUGCGUUCCAAUUCUACCUAUAAUUCUUACACAAUUU